AUGAACGAAGCUAUACGAGACGUUUUAUUAAAUGUUAGUCAUGAGGAACAUGCAACGAAAUUGAGAAGAUUCCAACUUGGCGCACUUGAUAGCUUCGAGGGAGAUGGAAGAAUGAACAUAACAAAUAAGCUACAAUUGGAAAUGAACAUGAGAAUAUGUAAAAGCGGAGCAACAGAAGCGAAAAAAAACUUUCUGAGAAGUAUAAAAAACAGAACUGAACAGCAGUUAGUCGAGUAUUUAGAGACAAAUCAAAUGAAAAGUUAA